AUGGAGCUGGAUGAAUUGCGCGCCGAGAUCGCGCGGUUGUCAUCGGCGCUAGAAGAGGCAUCCGCAGCUAACAUAAAGGCAUUGGCACAAUUUCAAUCACAGCAAAAAUCAGUUGUAAAAUCAGAAAUCGAUCAUGAAGAAAGUCUUCUGGAAGAGACUAUGAAUAGGGAACAAGAAUACGUGUCACGAAUUGCAUCAUUGGAGUUUGAACUGAAAAGCACACAACAGGAACUGGAGAGGUACCGAUCCGACUUGGAUCGGCUUCAAACACUUCACACAAGUGCCUCAGAAACAGCGCUUGACCUUGAUACACAGAAAAAACAUUUGAAAGAGGAGCUGAGAGAGUUGAAGCUUCGUGAGCAAAGGCUACUCAACGAUUACUCGGAGCUCGAGGAAGAAAAUAUCGGCCUCCAGAAACAG